CCUUGAUUUAUAAUGUCUGUAUAUUCGUAUGUAUGUAUUAAGUGUUGAGGAAUCAGCGUUACGGGCCGGCGUGUCCCCUCAUCGUCGUAAUACAAAGUUUGAAGCGCAACUGCCAUGACUGGCAGCCAGCGCAUGUUCCUGGUGGAUGGCCAGGCAGUGUACCUGGAGGGCCUGGAGGGUGGCGGCGACAUCAGCGAGGAUGUGCUGCAGCAGGCACUGGUGCAGCUGGCUGAUGACAGAGGGGAGGUUGAGCCAGCCAGUGAUAUGAUUCAGGAUGCACAGAGGCUGGAGGUGGGGGACGAGGAACCGCUGGAGGAGGAUGGGGAGGGCGUGCUGGCCGUGCUACAGGAUGAGGCCGGCCAGCAGCAAACAGUGCACCUCACGCCCAGCCAGGCCGAGGUGGCCGAUUUGGGGCCGGAGCCUGUGCGGGAGCGGCGGCCGUCGGUCGGCGAGCGGAGCACCGCCCAGGAGGUGGCCUCGCUCGCCUCCUCCGUCGUGCUGGACCUCAACGAGCAGCCAAGCCUGGUGGACCAGUCGGUGGGCGGUCACAAGGUGACGUACACGUUCGAGGUCGUUGACGACAAGGACGCGGCGCCAGUGGACGCUGACCGGCCCGUCGGCAUGCCCGGCCUGCUGGCCAAGACGCGCGAGAUCAUGACGCCGCGCGUGCGUGCCGGUGAUGCGCGUCAGAUUCAGCAGCAGAUCCACAGGACGGCUGCACAGGUGCUGCGGACCACCACACCGUCGGCGCCGGUGCCCAGGGACCCAGUGACUGGGGGAUACCUUUCGGCGGCUAAGGUCAAGCGGGGACCGGUGUACAACACGGGGCCGAACGCUGUGAAGAGCAAGAACAAGACAGUCAUCAACACGGCCAGCUCUGUGCAGGAGAAGACGACGAGCGCAGCGGCGGCGGCGACUGCAACUGGGACUGCGGCCGGGACUGCGGCUGCGGCUGCGGCUACGGGUGCGACUGCGACUGUGACUGCAAAUGCGGCUGCAGCCGGCGGCGCGCCCUCCUCGACGCCUCAGCCCGACGAGGAUGACGAUGACCUGCCGGUGAUCCUGACGCCGAUGAACGGCGAGGAGCAGCUGCCGGACUUCAUCGAGCCGCGACCGGGCCUGCGCAUCCUGGUGCGACCGCUGGAGGCGUCCGAGGACGUCCAGCAAGGCAACACGUUCAAGUCGCUACAGCCACUGAGCGCCGAGCAGCUGAAGCAGAUCGCCGCCGUGCUCCAGCAGAGCAGGCUAAACGUGCCGAGUCACGCGCGCAACAGCCUGUACGACGCCGACACAAACACGCGCGUCGUGUACAGGCUGGACUUCAACUCGCCGGACCUGGACGACUCUGACGGCGGCUACUCGGACUGGGAGGAUGGCGACGCUGCCAACCGGGACCGGGAUGGAGCUGACACCGGCGGCGGCGGGUCAGCAGCCGGUGAGGGCGAUGAGGAGCGGUCGGCGUCGAUUCUGAAGCCCAAGCGGCAGCUGCCGCAGACCAUGCGGGACCGCUUCACCUGCCUCACCUGCGGCGCGCUCUGCAUCGGCUACAUCCGACUGGAGGGCCACUUCCGCAAGUUCCCGGACCACGAGCGACCCGUGUACACGCCAGUGAAGUCCGCCCAGAAGGCACCGACCAGAACACCAGGCAGAAGGGGUGGCCGACAGCGCCGGACAGACGACAAGGCGACUGUCACACUGCUCCGGCCGCCUUCCAAGCGGCCCCGGCUGGAGCCGGACCCGGAGGACGACGAGCACACACCGCCGAUGACGUCCGACCAGCUGCUGGCCACACUGGCGGUGCAGUCUGGCGGCAGCAUCGAGAGGCUCUGUGACAGCAUGCUGGCCGUGGUGGCCAGGUUCCGCGAGCACGUGCGGACGGCGCUGUGCGCCGCCGACGGCCAGCAGAGCGGCGGCGUCCUGCUGACGAUGGACGCCGACAAGUCAGCUCUGACGGGACUCCCGACCGGCGAGUACGCGCUGCGGUCGAGCGCGCAGCCGACGCCCGACACGGGCCAGUCCACGGUCGGCCCGGCGGAGGCGGUCGUGCUGGACGCGGGGCCGCACGUCCUGGACGAGUUCGUCGGCGGCCUGGUGGACGCGGCUGGCUACGCGUUCGCGGCGGACGGUGGUGUCGACCCUCCGGCUGCGGGAAAGCUGGACGGGAGCUCGGUGGCCGGUCUGGAGACGGCGCAGGCCGAGCUGAACCUGACAGGCGCGAUGGGCGGCGCCAGCGCGCCUCUGCUCGGACCGCGGCCGUAG